AUUAUCUUAACUGAGUCCCUGAUGGGAAGAGAGGAAACCCUCACUGACUCCUCCCCUGGCCUGGACAGGAUUUAACCCAGGGAGGGAAGCUGAGGAGUGAAGAGAAGGAGGGAGGGCACAGACCAGCACCAAGGUCUGCAAGCCCACGGGCCCGGCUCCCAGGGGGCGGAAGCAUCAGAAGUGGGGCCCGGCAGCCUCUGAGGAUAGAGGCCUCCAGGAGGGUCUGCUCCCCAUCUCGCCAAGGAUGGGUUUCCAGGGGAAGCUCUGCUCCCUGUUGGGGCUCCUGUUUGGCUCUGUGCUUUUGGUGGCCUCAGCCCCGGCCACUCUCGAGCCUCAUGGCUGCAGUGACAAGGAGCAGCAGGUCACCGUCAGCCAUACCUACAAGAUUGAUGUGCCUAAGUCGGCCCUGGUCCAGGUGGAGGCAGACCCUCCACCCCUCAGUGACGAUGGGGCCUGGCUCCCAGUCCCCCGGGAGGCUGAGGAACAGAACAUCAUCUUCAGACACAACAUCCGCCUGCAGACGCCGCAGAAGGAGUGCGAGCUGGCAGGCAGCAUUCAGGACCUCCUGGCCCGGGUGCAGAAGCUGGAGGAAGAGAUGGCCGAGGUGAAGGAGCAGUGUAACCUCCAGCACUGCUGCCAAGGGGCUGCCGGUCUGAGCCGCUCCUGCAGCGGCCACGGCACCUUCUCCCCGGAGAACUGCAGCUGCCGCUGCGAGCAGGGCUGGGAGGGCGCCCAGUGCGAGCGGCCCGCCUGCCCCGGUGCCUGCAGCGGUCACGGGCGCUGCGAGGACGGCCGCUGCCGGUGCGACGAGCCCUACCUGGGGCCCGACUGCGCGCACCGCGCCUGCCCGGAGAACUGCAGCGGCCACGGCGAGUGCGUACGCGGCGUCUGCCGGUGCCACGACGACUUCACGGCGGACGACUGCAGUGAGCGCCGCUGUCCCGGCGACUGCAGCGGCCACGGCUUCUGCGACACGGGCGAGUGCUACUGCGAGGAGGGCUUCGUGGGCCUCGACUGCGCGCAGGUGGUUGCCCCCCAGGGACUGCAGCUGCUCAGGAGCACGGAGGACUCCCUGCUGGUGAGCUGGGAGCCAUCCAGUGAGGUGGAUCACUACAUCCUCAGCUACUACCCCCUGGGGAAGGAGCUCUCUGUGAAGCAGAUCCAGGUGCCCAAGGAGCAGCACGUCUACGAGAUCCUGGGUUUGCUGCCUGGAACCAAGUACAUAGUCUCAUUGCGCAACGUGCAGAAAGAUGUUUCCAGCAGCCCACAGCAUCUACUUGCCACCACGGGGCUCGCUGUGGUGGGCUCUGCAUGGGUGGCUGAAGAGACUGCCAGCUCGCUUGAUGUGGAGUGGGAGAAUCCUGCAGCUGAGGUGGACUACUACAAGCUGCAGUAUGGCCCCAUGACAGGGCAGGAGGUGGCAGAGGUUGCCGUGCCCAAGAGCAGGGACCCCAAGAGCCGUUACGACAUCACGGGUCUGAAGCCCGGGACGGAGUAUAAGAUCACAAUUGUCCCUAUGAGAGGAGAACUGGAGGGCAAGCCAAUCCUCCUGAAUGGCAGGACAGAAAUUGACAGUCCAACCAAUGUGGUCACUGAUCAUGUGACAGAAGACACAGCGGUGGUCUCCUGGGACCCAGUCCAGGCUGUCAUAGAUAAGUACGUGGUGCGCUACACCUCGGCUGAUGGGGAGGCCAAGGACACGGCAGUCCCUGGGGAGCAGAGAAGCACCGUCCUGACCGGCCUGAAGCCGGGAGAAGCAUACAAAGUCCAUGUGUGGGCUGAGAGGGGCAACCAGGAGAGUGAGAAGGCUGACACGGAGGCACUCACAGACAUUGACAGCCCCCAAAACCUGGUGACCAACCAGGUGACAGAGAGCACGGCCACUGUCUCCUGGGACCCGGUGCAGGCCGUCAUCGACAGGUACCUGGUGCGCUACACCUCUGCUGAUGGAGACACCAGGGAGGUGCCGGUGGGGAAGGAGCAGAGCAGCACCACCCUGACGGGCCUGAGGCCGGGCGUGGAGUACACAGUCCACGUGUGGGCCCAGAAGGGGGACCGGGAGAGCAGGAAGGCCGACACCACGGCCCCGACAGACAUUGACAGCCCCCAAAACCUGGUGACCAACCAGGUGACAGAGAGCACGGCCACCGUCUCCUGGGACCCGGUGCAGGCCGUCAUCGACAGGUACCUGGUGCGCUACACCUCUGCUGAUGGAGACACCAGGGAGGUGCCGGUGGGGAAGGAGCAGAACAGCACCACCCUGACGGGCCUGAGGCCGGGCGUGGAGUACACGGUCCACGUGUGGGCCCAGAAGGGGGACCGGGAGAGCAGGAAGGCCGACACCACGGCCCCGACAGACCUUGACAGCCCCCAAAACCUGGUGACCAAGCAGGUGACAGAAAGCACGGCCACCAUCUCCUGGGACCCAGUGCAGGCCGUCAUCGACAGGUACCUGGUGCGCUACACCUCUGCUGAUGGAGACACCAGGGAGGUGCCGGUGGGGAAGGAGCAGAGCAGCACCACCCUGACGGGCCUGAGGCCGGGCGUGGAGUACACGGUCCACGUGUGGGCCCAGAAGGGGGACCGGGAGAGCAGGAAGGCCGACACCACGGCCCCGACAGACCUUGACAGCCCCCAAAACCUGGAGACCAACCAGGUGACAGAGAGCACGGCCACUGUCUCUUGGGACCCAGUGCAGGCCGUCAUCGACAGGUACCUGGUGCGCUACACCUCUGCUGAUGGAGACACCAGGGAGGUGCCGGUGGGGAAGGAGCAGAACAGCACCACCCUGACGGGCCUGAGGCCGGGCGUGGAGUACACGGUCCACGUGUGGGCCCAGAAGGGGGACCGGGAGAGCAGGAAGGCCAACACCACGGCCCCGACAGACAUUGACAGCCCCCAAAACCUGGUGACCAACCAGGUGACAGAGAGCACGGCCACCGUCUCCUGGGACCCGGUGCAGGCCGUCAUCGACAGGUACCUGGUGCGCUACUCCUCUGCUGAUGGAGACACCAGGGAGGUGCCGGUGGGGAAGGAGCAGAGCAGCACCACCCUGACGGGCCUGAGGCCGGGCGUGGAGUACACGGUCCACGUGUGGGCCCAGAAGGGGGACCGGGAGAGCAGGAAGGCCACCACCACAGCCCCGACAGACAUUGACAGCCCCCAAAACCUGGUGACCAACCAGGUGACAGAGAGCACAGCCACCGUCUCCUGGGACCCAGUGCAGGCCGUCAUCGACAGGUACCUGGUGCGCUACUCCUCUGCUGAUGGAGACACCAGGGAGGUGCCAGUGGGGAAGGAGCAGAGCAGCACCACCCUGACGGGCCUGAGGCCGGGCGUGGAGUACACAGUCCACGUGUGGGCCCAGAAGGGGGACCGGGAGAGCAGGAAGGCCAACACCACGGCCCCGACAGACCUUGACAGCCCCCAAAACCUGGUGACCAGCCAGGUGACAGAGAGCACAGCUGCCGUCUCCUGGGACCCGGUGCAGGCCGUCAUCGACAGGUACCUGGUGCGCUACUCCUCUGCUGAUGGAGACACCAGGGAGGUGCCGGUGGGGAAGGAGCAGAGCAGCACCACCCUGACGGGCCUGAGGCCGGGCGUGGAGUACACGGUCCACGUGUGGGCCCAGAAGGGGGACCGGGAGAGCAGGAAGGCCACCACCACAGCCCUGACAGACAUCGACCCUCCCCGAAACCUUCGUCCAUUGGCUGUAACACUGUCAGGAGGGGUUUUGAUCUGGACACCCCCUGCUGCUGAGAUCGAUGGCUACAUUCUGACCUACCAGUUCCCAGAUGGCACCAUUAAGGAAGUGCAGCUCAGAAGAGAUGACCAGAGGUUUGAGUUGCAAGGCCUUGAGCAGGGUGCCGCCUACCCUGUCUCCUUGGUUGCCUUUAAGGGUGAUCGCCGGAGCAGGAGUGUGUCCACCACCCUUUCCACAGUUGGUGCCCGUUUUCCACACCCUUCAGACUGCAGUCAAGUUCAGCAGAACAGCAACGCCGCCAGUGGCCUGUACACCAUCUACCUGCACGGGGACGCCAGCCAGCCCCUGCAGGUGUACUGUGACAUGGACACGGAUGGAGGCGGCUGGAUUGUCUUCCAGCGGCGGAACACGGGGCAGCUGGAUUUCUUCAAGCGUUGGCGGACCUAUGUGGAAGGCUUCGGGGACCCCAUGAAGGAGUUCUGGCUUGGACUUGACAAGCUACACAGCCUCACCACUGGCUCUCCUGCCCGAUAUGAGGUGAGAGUGGACUUGCAGACCGCCAACGAAUCCGCCUAUGCCAUAUAUGAUUUCUUCCAAGUGGCCUCCAGCAAGGAGCGGUACAAGCUCACUGUCGGGAAAUACAGAGGCACGGCAGGGGACGCUCUUACUUACCACAAUGGAUGGAAGUUUACAACUUUUGACAGAGACAAUGAUAUCGCCCUCAGCAACUGUGCCCUGACACAUCAUGGUGGCUGGUGGUACAAGAACUGCCACUUGGCCAACCCCAAUGGCAGAUACGGGGAGACCAAGCAUAGUGAGGGGGUGAACUGGGAGCCGUGGAAAGGACAUGAAUUCUCCAUUCCUUAUGUGGAAUUGAAAAUCCGCCCUCAUGGCUACAGCACGGAGCAUGUCCCGGACAGAAAGAAGCGGACACUGGGAGAAAACUCGAGAACGUUCUGAUGCGCAGUUUGAGCAGUCCUCUGAGUCCUAUUUGCAGCCCGGGGAUUGGGGCUUUGUAUUGGGUGGGGGGUGGGGGUGGCGCCUGGUUAAUGGAAGUUUGAAGCAUGCUUAUAGCUCUGGUUCUGAGGUGGAUAACCUGCAGGAUGAAGUGUGUCACCGAGCCUCAAACAACAGAGGUUACUUCCCGUCACCUGCGUUUUUGCCCAUUCGUACUGGGGGCCUGAAAAUCAGCACCAUAGAAGUUGCACAGAGUAUAUGGGAAGCCAGUACUGGGACUGCAGAAUUUCUCAGUCUGUCUUCAGUAACAAAUAUGCAGAAUUAGGGGAAAAAAAAAGAAGAGGAAAAAGGAGAAGAAAAGGAUCAUUUAGUACUUUGCUGAUUUGGAAAUCUCUGGAAAUUGGUAUAUCUAUAUCUAUAUAAAGCUCUGCUAAUACAAGUCUCCUCCUUAUAAAGAAGCAUUAAAGGAGUUCUCAUUGAUAACCAAGGGGCUGAGGUAGCCUGAUGCUUGUCACCUCCCAUUUCCACUGGGCUUUGAGGAAAAAGAUGUCAGUCUGCCCCCUUUUCUUUAAGAACAUGCUGGCGUUAUGAAGAAGAAUAAGGGGACCCAAAGAGACCAAGAUGGAUUCACGUGCAGCUAAGUUCUGACUAGUAUCCAGCGUGCUGGAAACCAAAGCUUCCACAUUGCUGCUAUUUUUAAGUGCCCCCUUUCCAGCUAUUUGCAUAAUCACUUUCAUAGAUCUGCAUAUGUUGUGAAUAAAUUCUCACUCAUUUCAACUUUAAA